UCCUGCCAGCAAGUCUUUGAGAAACAGCAGAAGAGCUUAUUCUGGAAGUCCAGAGCCAGAUACUGUAAAUGCUGUAAAUUACAUGGGGCUUGUUAAAACAGUAGGCUUAGAUCCUUUCUGAUUUGCUAUUACGACCAGAUUUUGCUGAUGGACAGUACUAGAUAACACCAACAUCUGAAUGGCAAAUGCAUAUAUACAAAAAUAAGGAAACUAAAGCCUUAAACACAAAUCCCUUCACACAGGCAUAUUAUAAGCUAAUUUAGCAUCCUCUUAGGUGCUGACCUUUCCCUGAAUCAAGUUAUUAACACAUAAAUUAUUGUGAAUAAAUGUGAUUAUUUUUCCUGUCUUGCUGGUUAUGUGUAUUUGUAGGCUUUUGCAUGAUGUUCUACCCUAGCAAACUUUUGAAGUUGAUUGUGGGAAUUUUUUUCCUAUCAAGUCAGUAUCAGUAGAUGGGGAGCAAGUUCUGAAGAACUUUUUUCUGUGAGGCGUCUGUGCUAUCUUCCCAAAACUCAACAGCUUUGUUAAUGAGUGUAACUUUUCCUAGCUAUUACGAUGAGAGUCUUCAUGCAUUGCUAAAGCCACUUCUGUUGUGUUCAUGUUUAAAGUUUUCAGAAUGACUUCCGUGGCUGACAUACCCCCGAAUUAUGAAACGAUGUUUGCUCAUCGAUUCACAUCGGAUGAUGAAGAAUACCAAGAAUAUCUAAAACGCCCUGCAGAUCCCCCUCCUAUAGUUGAAGAAUGGAGAAACAGAUCAGGUGGCAACCAGAGAAACAGAGAUCGGUUUCAAGAUGGGAGAUAUUUUAGAGGGGACAGAUACAACUGGCAAGGUGACUACAGAUCUAAUCAGAGGCCAGAUAGAGGCUGGGGUAACAACUACCAGCAGCACAGACAAGGACAAUCCUACUCAUCCCACUACGGACAAUAUGGCUACAACUCCUACAACCCGGGGCCUCGUUACCAUCCUUACUGAUAUCCUUGUGGUUGAAAGUCCAGUGAUGCUAUGUAACAAAUUCACUUAGCUUUUAGUUUUCUUAUUUUUCCACCAUUUAUAGAUAACUGAAGAACCAGUGUUACAGUCCAGUGCUGUUUUUCUGUAAUGUGAAAUGAAAAAGGGAACUCCUUUUAUGAAUAAUAAAACCAUAUUAUAUGGAGUUUGUUUAGAGUCUGUAGAUUUUAGAUUAAAUUUGUAUCUCCUUCUUUUGUCUGAAUAUGUGUUGUGCACGUUUUUUCUUCCAUCACUGAUAUUUCUCUGUGUUACAUUUUAGAAAGCAAAACAGGUGAGGGCAGGAUAGGAUAGCUGUGGUUUGUAUGCAGCCUGUAGCAGUGGCACAUUGCCUUAAGAUAGCUCUUUUUGAAAAUAACAUACUGUGUCUUUCUGUGGAGAGAAUUUCUUAGUUCUGUUUUUGACAGUGAAAAGCUCAAUUUGGUUUGAAUUUCAGAUGCCUUAAAACUGAGAAGAGAGAUCCUAUUACUGAAAUAUUUUAUGGGGUGGCAUAGUGUCUGUUAACUCAAUGGCUUCAAUGCAUUUGCAGUAUUCCUCUUAAAACAUGGCCUAAAGGUUGGAUAAAAAAUAAGUCGUUAAAUAUGUAUCUUAUUGUAACAGUUCGGUGAUAUAUAAGUUUUACCUGAGAAAUAAUAUCAAACUUAGAUUAAUCUGUGUCAUCUUCAAAUAAAUUUGGUGUGUACGUAAUAAAUUUUGGAAUUCCCAUUUCAGUAAAACUGUAAAACUUCGAUGCUAUUGUAGUUUGUAUGAAAUACUUGGUGCAUGUUAUAGAAAAAAAAAUGUGAUCAGUACUGGUCUCUAUUCUGUACGGGAAAAUAGCAUAAACAGUGCAGAGUGUUACUCAGUUCUUAGAAUUCAGGAUUUAUGGGGUUUUUUAAGUAUUCACACAAUAAAAGUACAGUUCACAUGUAAA